GGAUCCAACACCCACGCGAUCGCAUUCCAAGAGCGGAUCCGCCUCCCAGAUGCCCAGAUGCAGCACUACUCCGACCUCGCCGAAAUGUACAUCGGCGAUGACGUCUCCCCAGACUUCUACGCCUGGGUCUUCCCCAAAUGCGAUCACGUAGCAGUCGGCACAGGGACCAUCUCAUCAAAGCACCAAAUCAAGAAAUACCAGACCGGAAUCCGGCGGAGGGCGAAUGAGAAGAUCGGCGAAGGGGAAGUGAUAAAGGUGGAGGCACAUCCAAUCCCAGAGCACCCAAGGGCGAGGAGAGUGGUGGGAAGGGUGGCGCUGGUAGGGGACGCGGCGGGGUACGUGACGAAGUGCUCAGGAGAAGGGAUAUACUUCGCGGCGAAGAGCGGGAGAGUUUGUGGAGAAGCGGUGGUGAAGGCGUCGGAAGGAGGGGAGAGGAUGGUGAAGGAGGAGGAGAUGAAGGAAGGGUAUUUGAGGAAGUGGGAUGAGGAAUUUGGGAUGAUGUUUAGGUUCAUGGGAAUGUUGGAGAGCGUGUUUUAUAAGAGUAAUUGGGGGAGAGAAGCUUUGGUGGAGAUGUGUGGGUGAUGAGUAUGUGCAAAAGAGGACGUUUGAGAGUUAUUUGUAUAAGAGGAUGGAGAUGGGAAAGGUGGAGGAUUUGGUUGGGGAUUUGAGGUUGGGGUUUAGGACUUUGGAGUGUUUG